UCAGUCAGUUCGCAGUCACGCUUUCGCGCGCAAGGAUCGCAGGCGGCAGUGACACACACGCGCGUUUUUGGUCGUUCGCACACGCCGGCAAAAAACGGAUCGCCCUCUCUGUGGUGUAACGGUUGUGGUAACGCAUGGUAACGGGGCUGCUGUUGGUGGAAAGCAAUGUAAGGAUUACAGGCCUCCCGAAAAAAGAAGGAUAAAGUACUUAGCAUCAAGAGAAGAAACCGAUUUAAAGCGAUUUACCGAAACGUGACUCCUUUCUUAGUACGUAAGUGUGUGUGUGUGUGAAUGUGUGUGUGUGUGUGUGUGUGCGUAAAGUGUUAGUUAAGAGUUACAUCCUGUGGCAUCUUUAGAAAACAGUGUGAGGUCUUUAAGCGCAAAAAACCCCAACGAAUCCCCAAAGGAUGCGUAGCGAAGCGGAAAUUAAAAAUUCAAACUUCACAUAAUGGUCCAAACGUGUGUGCGUGGCAGGUGUGUGGACGUACUGCCUUCCCAUUGAUGGUGAUUGGUGGUAGGUGUUCGGUGCAAAGUGGCCUCAACCGCGGAAGGACGUGAGAGCUUUUUGUCCUGCCGCCACUUGGCCGGCUUGGAGGGUUCGUUCGUUGACUUAAACGCUUUCGCGCGUGGUGGCUUUAGUUCUUCCAGUGGAGCCCUGCCCCGCCGCCCCUUCGCUUCCCCGGUAAUGGGUGCCGGUGUGUGUCAAACUCCGAUCGUGCUCGGCUGAAGAAGCCAUUUCUUCGAGUGACACCAGCCAGAACCAACAAAAAACAGGGCAAAGGAAGCAAGCCGACUUAAACUCGCGCACAUCCGGGGAGCAUCGUCGUGAGCAUGGAACGUUCGCCGGCCGCCUGAUCCUUCCAUCAUUGUGCACAGCGACGAAGCAGUGUAUAGCGUUCACUUUGCGCGACCACACCAAAUCGACACCGACACCUUCGACCACGUGAUGAUGAUGAUGUGCGCGUAAUUAAAACUGAAGCUACUGCGAAAGAUUGCGCGCGUGCACUUGCGGAGAAAUUUUAGCAAAAACAGAGGCGUAUCAAACAGCGCACAACACUACAGGUCUGCGUAUUGCGCGCGGCAUACCACGGACAAUGUAUAGCCAGCAACGACGGUACAGCAUCACGAUGGUCGUCUUCGUUCGCCGGGUGCUCCUGCUGCUGGCCGCUGGAAUUACGAUUGCCAGUGGCAGUGCCAGCUACAGCAUGGUGGAUCCACAGCGUGUCCUCGGCAAUGUUGGCCUCAAUGUUGGCGCCAGUUUCGGCACGGGAACGGCCACCGUCGGUGGGACGGGCAACGAGCUCGCCGUGACCCUGCCAAAGGCUGCAACGGAACUGUUGCAGGCCACAGCUGCUGAUGCCGUUGCCGCAGCUUCCGUAAGAGACAGCACUGACCUUACGUCAACGGCACCCUCGGUGUACAAUGGCACCGGGAGUAACGCCACCGACAGCAACGACGCUUUAUGGAGCAAAUACGUCGUCCGGUCCGGAUACGUGCUGCCGGUCGAUCCACUGUUUGUGGCCAAAAUCAAUCCCUUCUGGCUGCGGUUCGAUCCACCGUCGGCCGGCGAACACUACGGGCUGGCCGUAUUCUACUUCCUGAUGAUGCUGUUCGGCGUUAUCGGCAACGCGCUGGUCGUCUUUAUGUUCUACAGGUAUCGCUCAUUGCGUACUCCUGCCAACUAUCUCGUCAUCAACCUAGCGGUGGCUGACUUCAUCAUCAUGAUGGAAGCUCCAAUGUUCAUCUACAACAGUAUCCACCAGGGUCCAGCACUUGGAUCGAUUGGAUGUACGGUGUAUGCGCUGAUGGGAGCCGUCGGUGGAACGGUCGCGAUCGCUACCCUCACCGUCAUCUCGAUCGAUCGCUACAAUGUGGUAGUGUACCCGCUCAAUCCGAACCGCUCCACCACCAAGCUAAAGUGCUACUUCCUGAUCGCGUUCACCUGGGCGUACGGGUUGCUGUUUGCCAGCUUCCCGGCGCUCGAGAUCGGGCUGAGCCGCUACACCGCCGAGGGCUACCUGACGGCCUGCAGCUUCGACUAUCUCGACCGCACGUACAAGGCGCGCGUCUUCAUGUUCGUGUACUUUGUGUUCGCCUGGCUGAUCCCGUUCGCGAUCAUUAGCUACUGUUACGCCCGCAUCCUGAUCGCGGUCAUCAACGCGAACGCCAUCCAGUCGAGCAAGAGCAAGAACAAGACGGAGGUGAAGCUGGCCGGUGUGGUGGUCGGCAUUAUUGGGCUGUGGUUCGCCGCCUGGACGCCGUACGCGGUGGUCGCGAUGAUGGGCGUGUUCGGGUACGAGCAGUACCUGACGCCGCUCAACUCGAUGAUACCGGCGGUGUUUGCGAAGAUUGCGGCCUCGAUCGAUCCGUACUUUUACGCCAUGAACCAUCCGCGCUAUCGGCAGAUGCUGGAGCGCAUGUUCUGCAACCGGGGUGCCGAUCAGGGCAACUCGCAGUACCAGACGUCGCACUACACGCGCGGUGCAUCGCGCGGUGGUGACUCGGAGGGUGGUGGUGAAGAGUCCGGCGGCGCUGGUGGUGGUGGUGGUGUUGGACGUGCUCCUGGAGGUGGUAAUGCUGGCUUGGGACGCGCUGGCACUGUCCGUGGUGGUGGUGGUGGUGGACGACUGAUCGCGGGCAAGGGUGGUGGAGGAGCAAACGCGACCGGCAGCAACGGAGGAGGCGGUGUCAAGGCACUCAAGAAGCAGAUCUCCAAUGGCGACGAAACAUCGCUCGAGGUAUCGCUCGAGAUGUAACAGUGCUGCCGGCGAGGAGUUCAGCUCCUUCGCGUGACGGACGACUACGAAAACAGUGCCUUCGUGUAGAGAGAGAGCGAUAGAGAGAGAAAAGAGAAAGGAAGAGAGUAACAGUGUAGUAGCAGAACACGGCGGCGAGUUAAAGGGUAAAGUUGGCUGGAGAACGAGAAGAGUCUGGUAAUUAGGGGCGGCGUUGGCGAAUCAAAGCGCGUUGGUUGGCGUGAGAAAGAAAUGGCGCACCAAUGGAGGUAGGAAUUAACGAGAGGAAUCAUUUUUCGCUUAAAACAGGCAAAACGGGGCCCGUGUGCUUCCUGGAAAAGAUGUGUAGAAGGAGGAGGAAGGAAAAUCCACAAAACGCUCGGACAAAAGUUGAGUGACGUGUAAGUGAGCCAGAAAGGGGUAGAGAACUCAAGUCUGAGGGUGAAAAAACAGGCGUGUGGAAUGAUUUAUAGGGCCGGUGUAUUUGGAGAACGAAACCCUUGGAGUGAGGAAAGCCGCACACACACACACACUUGAAUAUUGCGUAUCACACACGCGCGUCUGAUUGAAUUGUUUUAACGCGCGAGCUUUUCCUUUAUUGCGCACUCUUUGGUCCUUGGCUCGGUAAUUGUCUACGGCCUACGCGAAAGCACCGGUCGGUAAGCGAUUGCUUCUCACCCACAGACACACACACACACACCACCCGUGUGAUGGAUUCUUUAUGGUAAAAUCACUAAACCGGUGUGUUCUGUGUUGUUCGCUCUUGCUCGAGAUGGGUCGUAAAAUAACACAUUGUUUUCGCCACCAUCGAACACUUGCUUGUUUUUUUUAAUGUGAGUGUGGCACAGCAUUUUCCUUCCUUUUUUCCAUGGAAAAACUUUUCCAGCUUACGCACAGAUUGAUUGUUAGUUGCUUUCCUUAGCCGGUACGGUGCGCCCGUUAGCCUACGCGGAAGUUGCGCUUUUUUAUGCCUCUGUGUGAUCUGCUCGAUCCGGUUCGAAGGACCAAAACGUAGCAGGAAGUGGUAAUGAAGAGAAAAGGGAAAAAUAGCGCCACACAAGGCGCAGAAAAGCAAAAAUAGUAUUUUGGUGAAUCUAUUACGUGUUUUUUCCCCAACCCAACUCACACUCUCCCUUCUACGUGGUUUCUUUUUUUUCUCUCGUCGUCGCGUACUCGCGCAAUCUGUUAUACCAUCCGUUAUUUAUCGACGUGCGUACGAUAACGAGGAAGAGAAGGGAGGGGGAAGAGGAGAUGGCGAAGAGGCAUGCCAAGCGAUCCUGAGUGAAAAACAAAUGAAACAGUGUGUGUGUGAGUGAGUGAGAAAGAAUCCCCCCCCCUCCACCCACACGUCCUUAGACAGGAAAGGGGGUACACUCAGCAGGGAGGGAAAAGCGGCCGGACAAAACGGUGACACACACGCAGAAGCGUCACGGCGCGAAGAAUCGGGGUGGCGCAAAACAUGAUUAAGUGGUUGUUUUCUUGCUCGUCCGGUGCAAAAGUUCGGACCGGAAGUUAUCAUGCUAAGUGAAAGUCGCGCAAGAAAAAAAAACACGAAAGAACAAAAAACACAAUCCCCUUGACGUGGUAACAACACGCGGCCACGCGAUACUAACCUUUGCUUAACCGUCCGCGGUUAACAGUGGCAGAAAGUUCACUACCCACUCCCUCUCCCUUUCGUUUCCUUUUAGGGAGGGGGAGGUAGUUUCCCUCUAUCAUCCAUAUCUUGUCUCUCUCUCUCUAGUCCCCUUCUCGUGUGUUGUGUUCUACGAUUAAGCCAUUGCAUCAUAACGUCGAAAUGGUUCUGUUACUAACCGGAAUAAAAUGGCAACGUAUGUACGCGGUGUGUGUGUGUGUGGUGUGUAGUGGUCGUAAAUCUUACUGCCAGCAGACACUUCUUGCAGUUGUGGGGGCAGCAAAAAGAGAGAAGCAUCCUGGCAGCGGCACUUGUGACACCAACCACCACCAUCACCACCACCACCGUCUCCAACUGUUGUAAAGGGCCAACUGUUGGAAUGAAUAUUCAUUCCGGUGGAGUUCGUUUAUCGAUUGAAGGGCAGGACAGGACAGAACAGGACAGGACGGCCAUGUGAUGACACUCGCGCGGUUUUGGCGUCUCACGUGACGUCCUCGUUCAUUCGUGUCGUGUAGAUUGUUAUUUUUUAAACACAGCAUAAGCUUUAUAUUUGUUAAACACUGUUAGCUCACCAACAACGAACAAUUGAGAAACAUACAUACACAUCCACACAGAGCAACAUA